CCCGGUACAACUUCCGGUUCUUUUAUGGUUCCACAACACGCAUGUAUGUAGCGGUCCUAAAACGUUGGUGCCAUGAGUGCCGAUAAUUGUACAGAAAACUCCUUUUUGCCUUUGCGAAAUGUCCUGAACUCCAUCCAGUGUAUCAGAGACCGAGUCAGAGAUGGAGAACCCAACGAGUCGGACGGAGCCUUUAACCUCUCCAACUUCUGGGACACUCUGAACCAAGCAGUAAAGGCUGUUUCUCAUGAAGCCACUAAACUCAGCUUGGCCUACUCCAAACCCCCUCUGCCAUCAGAGCAGGAUGGAGAGAAAUUGGCAGAGUCCAUCUUAAAGAGCCUUUUCACUCUUUCAACAGUAUAUUACUGGCUACCAAAGAGCCAAGGUAUCACCUUGCGGCAACAGGUCAGAGACGCCACUGUUGGAGUUUUGGAAGGAGUCGCACAGCUAGUGGAGAUCAUACUAAGCACACCCCUGCAGAGUAUGAGCCAGGAACAGUUAAUAUCAACAGGAAGUGUCUGGUCAGCUUGUGACCAGUUCACCCAGUUGCCACGAGAUAAUAAAGCGGCUGUUCUUGUGGCUCUGUCUGCUCAGAGUGGAGUUGUGAAAGAUGCAAUAGAGGAAAUCGAACAGGCUUUAUCUGAGGCACAGGAUCCAUUUAGCGACGUCCUUGACGAUGACCAGGAUGGGGACGAGCCUCGAGGCAACCAGGACACAUACUGGUCAGAGAAGGAUCGGCGCGUGAUUGGUCCGUGCCAGGGGCUGAUGAAGGCUUCCGCUGCGUGCCUCAGGAAGCUGGCAUCAGCUGUCAAAACCAACGGUGACGUCAGUGCUGCUCAGAAUGUGGCGCAGCUCGACGACCUGGCUGACAUCACCAAAGACAUCAGCCCUGGCAUAGAUGAUCUGGCUCUUUGUCUCUACCCCCCCAUGGACUACAGUGGAGUAGAGAACAAUGUUUCUAAGGUAGCAGCACUGCUGGAGAAGGUUCUUGGCAUCAUCAGGUGCAGCCAUGUGUGUGGGGAGUCAGAGCUGACCUGGGUUCAGUUCUUGGACAGCGCCGUCAGUCACAACCUGCAGAAAGCCCACGACCUCAUUCAGCAGGACAGCUAGUGUGUGUGUGUGUGUGUGUGUGUGUGUGUGUGUGUGUGUUCCUGCUCAGACGCAGACUGAGCUUGCUCCAGUGCGGUCAUGUACCUGCUGUGAGGUGGGCUUCUCCUUAGUGGAAGCUGCUGCCUUGCGUUUGUUGCAUUGCUUCUGACUCAGUCUGCAUUUGAAUGCUUGUGAAACUGCUCCAGGAACAGUUGUUAUAUUACCAACUGAUUUAAUUAAAAUGACAAGUUGACUCUUUUUAAUCGUUGUUCCAUGGAAGCAAACAUUUACCAUCCAACACGAGGAGCCAGUCCGUCCACAUUUCAGGUCUUAGUCAGUGACUUUGAUGUGUUUUUCAACAGUCACCAAACAAAUGACUUAUGUAGAUGAACUGAUUCAAUUAAUUCAUUAUUAUUAUUAAACUGUGGUCUCAUCUCCAGGUUGUGGCUCCAGUAGUUUCCUGCAUAGUGGUGUCAUCUGCCCUUUAUCUGUGCGACCAUCGUGGUGGUGAUGUGAGAUUCAGCGAUUACUAAAGAAACCUGAAUCACACCCACGCCUCCACACACACCUGGGUGGUUUCAGUGAUUCUAACACUGAGGGCCAACUGAAAAAAGUAAGGCAUAAUUAAACUCUGUCACGAGGGAAUCGGAGGUGCGGUGACGCUGAAUCCUAACGUGGAGCACAUGUGGGUUCUGUCCGGCUUCCCCCACCUCACGCAGACAUGCAGCGCGGUCCCUUUCACCUGCCGUAGGUGUGACGGUUGCCUGCUGGGCUGGGACAGGUCCAGGGUCUGACCCUGCUCCCGCCCAGUCACAGCCGGGCGUUGCCAGCGUUUUCACAGGAUGUCCCACUGGUUCUAGUUCUGUUAAUUGCUCACAUCUCUUUUGUUGAUCACUCGUCAGCACACAAGUGCUGCGUUUGGAGUUACACCCACUGAAGGAAUGUAUAAUAUUCUCCUUUAGCAUAGUUUUUGGUGACGUGUUCACCGGCUUCGUUUAGUUAAUCCGUUCACCACUCGACACUCUGGCCUCGCUUCUACCAACGCGCAGGAUGGAGGGUUCCACACGUGGAGCUGAGCUCAGCAGUGUCUCCCCACAGCCUGAGCUGAGAGGCGAGUCUGUCCAAGAUGCUGUUUGACUCCAAAUGCAUGCUGGGUGAUUCCUAGUUGUUUGCAACAGGUGGCAAAAUGAGCACAGGUUUAACUUUGAGGAGUCCUGAUUGAAUUUUUUUUGUUCUAUUGUGAAUAAAACUCUGGUUUAUGA